GUUUCACUUUGCUGUAUCUCACGAACGAAAUGGCCUUGCAAAAACGGAAUGUCUGUGAUUCUUCGCUACUUAGCAACAAAUUCUUUUCGAGAAUUUCAUUUAAUUCGAAAACGUUUGAAAAUAAAGUCCUACGAGAGUAAUUAAAUUAAAUUAACACGUUGCGAAGCGAAUGUAAAACGAUAGGAACGACGAACACGAAAAAGAAUGUCAUCUUAUCGGUUGUGGGGUUCAACGGAGGACGGAGCUAUAGAAUUUGAGUCGUUAACAAACGAUACAUUAUCAGGUGCUCUCAACGUGAUAAGAACCAGUUUCUGUACUCAAGAGAGUGUAAGCAAGGUCGUAAAUGUUGUAUCAGAACCUGGUGCAGUCGAUGAACUGAUCGAACUUUGUCUGGAUGCAGCAAAAGAUGGCGUCAGCGUCGUUGCCAUCGAGGUCGAGACCGGCGAGAUAGUUGGCGCACUUUUCAACAAAAUUCAAGUUGCUGGAAAUCCAACAGAAAAAACUUCAUUCGAACGUUUCAGUGAAUCUUGUAAAUACAAAUCGUCGAAAGCACUGGUCGAUUUCAUGGUCGACAUUGAUUCGCGCUUCAAUCUCUUCAAACACUACAACGCGAAAUGCAUUUUGGAAAUAAUGUUUUUAGCGGUAUUACCGGAAUAUUCUAAACGUAGAAUAGGCGAACUUUUGGUCUCGUCGUCUUUAGAAAUUGCUAGGGAAUUGAAACGGGGAGAACAGACCAAGAUUCCUGUUUUGGUUAAAGAUUACAAUUCUAUAAUCAAUUACGAUGCAAUACCGACAUUAGCUUCAGCAAUAGGUACCUCGAAUUAUUCGACAAAAAUCUUUGUCAAAUUGGGCUUUGAAAUAUUGUUAAGUAUUAGUUUUGAUAAUUUUGAAUUUGAUGGGAAGAAAUAUAGUGAGAUACUUAAUAACGAGCAUAAAGAUUGCUCUUUGAACGCUAAAAGAAUUUUGUAAACAUUUCUAUCAACAUUGAAAUUAUAUGCACAAUAAUUGCAAAGAAAUAUCAAAUAUUUACGAGAUUUUAGAAUAGAAAUAUUAUUCUUUUAAUGGCGCACACAAAAGUAAAUAACAUGAAAGAAAAUCCUUGAAAGAUAUGGUUUUAUUGAAACGAUAUAGUAAAACGUAUGACAAAAUUAUCGAUUCACUUGAUAACUAGAGUCUUUACGUAAUAGCAUCGAGUAUAUAUAUAUAGUACCGGGAGAUACAUUAUUUGUUUAAUGUCGAUAUGAAUAUGGAAAUGUUUUCGUUGACGACAGUUUAAAAGGCUACAACAUAAUCCACAUAUAUAAAUUUAUAUAUAACAUGUAUUAAUAUUUAAUUAAUUAUCAUUUUUAUCUAGCUCGUUAUUAAUUAGCAUAAUUAUGUUUUGUUUCAAAUAAAAUUAUGUUAUAUUAUAUAAGUAUUUAUUUAUA